AUGGAAGCUUUACGAGCGGAAGUCGAGCGACAAAAGCGGGAGAAAUUGUUGAAAAGAGAAAAGGAGGAGGCUUUGUUUAAAUCGAAGAACACCGAUGCUGAGAAGAAGAACAACACGUUCUCGGCGUACGCGUCGAAAAAAGAGCUUCGAAGACGCGAGUUUGAAGAAAAAGAAGACGAAGAUGAUGCGUUUGAGGAAGCACGCGAGGAAAGAAAGAGAUCGAACGAACAGGCGACGAAUGCGACUAAGAAUGUCGAUGGCAUCAAAAGUAACACCAAUAAAAGCAAGUUUCGCUCGGAGGCUGCCCGAAGAGCGUUCGAGAACAGCAACAACGAAAAGAACGAUGAUGACAACGAGAAGAAAUCAUCAGACGAAAACAACGAAAGGAACAGAACAGAAGAAUUCAACAAACGGAUCGAACGCGAGGUGAAAAGUUUAACCAACCAAGAAGUCAUCGCUCGAUUGAGGAAGCUGAAUCAACCGGCGAAGUUGUUCGCGGAGAACGAACAGGACCGACGGUUGCGAUUGGAAGUCGCGGCGAAGAAUAUCAAGGUGAAAGAAUCGGACGAACACGUCGGCGGGCAACAGGCGAACGAGAUGUUGAGGUAUAACAGGGAGAAUAGUAACGAAGCAAAAGGCAACACCGGCGCGAUGAUGAAAAGAAAACUGACGACGAAAGAGCAAGAGCAAGAGAAUAAGAAGCGAGAGGCGGAGAUGGCGCAAAUGGAAUUCGAGCGCGCGGCGAAGCGACUGAAGAAACAAAUGGACGCCGAGACGGAUCCAAACGCGCAUCCGAUCGAUCGAGUCGCGGAACAUUUCAAAAGGUUACUCAAAGAGUGGGCGAUGGAAAUCGAAGGCACGAAGUUUGAUUCCAACGCGCAGAAGAGGCAACAAGUCGCCAACUGCGAGUUGACGAAAACGCACAUGAAACCUUUGUUCAAAAAGAUGAAAAAACGGGACUUGCCGAACGACAUCGAGCGCGCGUUAUUUCUCAUGUUUGAAGCCAUGAAAGCGAGAGAUUAUAAAAGAGCCACGGACGCGUACGUUGGCGUCGCCAUUGGAAACGCCGCGUGGCCCAUCGGCGUCACCUCGGUAGGCAUUCACGACCGUUCCGCGAGAGAAAAAAUCUCCGCCACCACCCAAGCGCACGCCAUGCACGACGAAGAAACCAGAAAGUAUUUACAAUCCGUCAAACGCUUAAUCACGUUCAGCCAACGCGCGUACCCGACCAACCCGUCCUUGGCGUUCGAUUGGAACGGUCGCGAUAAAACAGCGUUAGAAAACGCGGAAAAAGCCACGCCGGGGUUUUUGCAAAGUUCCUCGUUGUUGGCGUUGCCCGAAUCCUCCUCCGCGGAAGGAAAAGGAAAGCACAACACGAAUACCUCCGGCGACGGAGGACGCAAGUGGGAAUCGAUCAUGCGACACGCGUACGAUAACGUCAAAUUUGGUGUCGGUGGUGAUGGUAUUCGCGGUAAUACUAAUACUAAGUAG